UGAUUCUACAUCCAAGUAGGAGAACGUAAACCUUUAAAUAAAUUAAUUCAAGCCAAGACCCAAUAUCCUCAACAUGCGCUUUUUAGGGUUUACUUUACUCGUCAUUAUUUCACAGUUGAAUGGCGGCCUAGCUUAUUCAAAUGAAAGGAAUACUAAAGCAGGAUGCUCAUUCAACUUGGACAUCAGCUCGCCAGCUUACCCUCCUCACUUGAUUGACGAAAAUAAGAAAAUUGUUCUCCCAGUCCUGGAGGGCACGGCCAGGAUCAUCAAUCUGAGCGAAGGGCAACAGGUGACCAUCGGCUGUUUGGGCGCUGGCAAUUACAUGCUAGCCACUGGUUUAGGACUGAAUGCGGCUACGUGUGUGGCCAGCUCAAAUUUGCAGCUGGCUGACGGAACGGAAUAUUCCUACGACGAAAUCGGUUGCGUCAAGCAAAAUGAUGAAGUUCUUAUCGAGCAAGGCACUUGCGCCAACGGGCCGGGAACCUUCAUCCGCAACGGAUGGCAAUUCGGCGCCGAUUUCAUUCCCCUUUUCGACAUGUGCCACGACAAGAAUUUGGCUUUGAAUUAUUAUGCCAUCGACACGGUCUACGGUCGUUCAGUCAAUGCCGACGACAAGGCAAACACUGGGCCAACCUUCAGUCAAAGUUCCUACUACCCGGGGUUGAGCGUCAACACCCUGUACACGCAAGCGGAGCAAACGAAAACCAUCGCCGGGAUCGUCGGUUCGGAUGCAUUGGCCGGCCAGUACAUUGUUCCCAAUACUGAGUACUAUUUUAGUCGAGGACAUAUGGCUCCCGAUGCUGAUUUUAUCGAUGCUGCUAGUCAAGAUGCCAGCUACUAUUUCAUGAAUGCGGCGCCUCAAUUCCAGACGUUCAACAACGGAAACUGGAAGUGGCUGGAGAUUGGUGUUCGCAACACGGCAAUUGCUCGUCAACUGGAUUUGACGAUUUACACAGGAAAUUUCUCCGUGACGACGUUGGCUGAUAUCAACGGCGUCCAGCAACAAAUUUAUCUGGCAUUUGAUGCCAAUAACAACGGUCUUAUCCCAGCGCCGAAAUACUUCUGGAAACUCAUCCAUGAGCCAAUCUCUAACACUGCCACUGCGGUUAUCGGCAUCAACAAUCCAUAUUUGAACCCAGUGAUGCCGGAAGACGUUAUUUGCCCGGAUGUGUGCGACCAAAUUCCUUGGGUAAACAGCGCGAUUUUUGAAUUGAAUAGCAUUGCCAAAGGUUACACCUUCUGCUGUACCGCUGCCGAACUGAACAAGGCUGUCAGCUUUUCUCCCAAUCUGGAUGUACCGCUUUUCAUUUAAUUCUGUUUGAUUCAUUUCAUUGAAUUCACGGACAUUUGCAAUGUGCAUUUUUAAGCAAAACAUUCUCUGAACAAUCUUAAAAAAUACACUUGAUAACAUACGCGUUGAAA